ACGCAUGACGUCAGCCGUCGUCAAUUCAUGACGCCGCGUCCCUUUGUUGGCUCUGAAGCGACGGCGCUUGUGUUGUUAUUUUUUCUGCGGCUGAAAAUCAGAAGUCUCAUAUUAUUUUUUGUGUUGUUCUACACCAGCUAGCUUCACAUUUCUUGCUUGUACGUUUUCCUGUCACAUUCUUUAUCUAACACAGUAAUGGACUCGGACGAGGGUUAUAAUUAUGAAUUCGACGACGAGGAAGAGGAAUGCAGCGAAGACAGCGCUGAAGGGGAACCCGAAGACGACACCCUGGAGCUCGGGGAGGUGGAGCUGGUUGAUCCUGUAGUGGCCGGUGGUGAGCGAGACGAGUGUGGGGAGACCGGAGGAAGUGGGUUAGGGCCUGGUCAGGAUGAAGAAGACUAUCGCUUCGAAGUAUUGACUGCCGAACAGAUCCUCCAACACAUGGUGGAGUGUAUCAGGGAGGUCAACGAGGUCAUCCAGAACCCAGCAACUAUAACAAGAAUACUUCUCAGCCACUUCAACUGGGACAAAGAGAAGCUGAUGGAAAGGUACUUUGACGGUAACCUGGACAAGUUGUUUUCCGAGUGUCACGUCAUAAACCCCAGUAAGAAAUCUCGGACACGCCUGAUGAACACCAGGUCCUCAGCACAGGACCUGCCCUGUCAGAUCUGCUAUCUGAACUACCCCAAUUCAUACUUCACUGGUCUGGAGUGUGGUCACAAGUUCUGCAUGCAGUGUUGGGGCGAUUACUUAACAACCAAAAUCAUCGAGGAAGGAAUGGGACAGACAAUUUCCUGUCCAGCUCACAGCUGUGAUAUUUUGGUGGAUGACAACACAGUCAUGCGACUGAUAACAGAUUCAAAAGUGAAGUUGAAGUACCAACAUUUAAUUACCAAUAGUUUUGUAGAGUGCAAUCGACUGUUAAAAUGGUGUCCUGCUCCAGACUGCCACCACGUCGUCAAAGUCCAAUACCCCGACGCCAAGCCUGUAAGGUGUAAGUGCGGACGCCAGUUCUGCUUCAACUGUGGAGAGAAUUGGCACGAUCCUGUCAAGUGCAAGUGGUUGAGGAAGUGGAUUAAGAAGUGCGACGACGACAGCGAAACGUCCAACUGGAUCGCGGCGAACACGAAGGAAUGUCCUAAAUGUCACGUGACCAUCGAGAAGGACGGAGGCUGCAAUCACAUGGUGUGCCGUAACCAGAACUGUAAAGCGGAGUUCUGCUGGGUGUGCUUGGGCCCCUGGGAGCCCCACGGGUCUGCCUGGUACAACUGCAAUCGCUACAAUGAAGACGACGCCAAGGCGGCGCGGGACGCGCAGGAGCGGUCCCGGGCAGCCCUGCAGAGGUACCUCUUCUACUGCAACCGCUACAUGAACCACAUGCAGAGCCUGCGCUUCGAGCACAAGCUCUACGCCCAGGUCAAGCAGAAGAUGGAGGAGAUGCAGCAGCACAACAUGUCCUGGAUCGAGGUGCAGUUCCUCAAGAAGGCCGUGGACGUGCUCUGCCAGUGCCGCUCCACCCUCAUGUUCACCUACGUCUUCGCUUUCUACCUCAAGAAGAAUAAUCAGUCCAUUAUCUUUGAGAACAAUCAGGCAGACCUGGAAAACGCCACUGAGGUGUUGUCUGGAUAUCUGGAGCGGGAUAUUUCCCAGGAUUCCCUGCAGGACAUCAAACAGAAAGUUCAAGACAAGUACAGAUACUGUGAGAGCCGGCGGAGAGUGCUGCUGCAGCACGUUCAUGAAGGCUACGAGAAGGACCUGUGGGAAUACAUAGAGGAUUGAGGACUAAUCCCCCGUGCACCACGAACUCUGAGGAAAAGGCUCUGUCAAACUGGAGCGUUGAUGCAAUUAACCUGGGGCAGCUCUGACUGCUGCUGCCCCUGCUGUUCAACACCAGAAAUUGCAUUUUUCCCCCCCCUCCAGUUUUGUUUAAUGGAAACUAAAUUAUACAGGAAUAAGGUAGAAUAUUGAAAAUAUUAAUUGUACAACAGUAUUGUUAGCAGCAGAGUGGAGUGUGAAAGACACUGAAAAAAAACAUAACCCCCUACAGGCUUGUAUUGUAUCUUCCUUUGAAUAUUUUUUUUUUUUUGCGGAUGUUUUAUUCUGUUUCCAUUCUGGCUUUUAUUUCCUUUAGUGUGGGGAAAUGGACUUUGCUAUGAACGCAGCUUUAAAUGUCCCCGCCCGUGACUGCUGUACGUGGUGAGGUCCCCGUUUGGGUUGUUGAAUGUUGAUUGGCUGAUUGUAAGGGGCAAAACCUUUUUGGUAUAUAAAAAAAACCUGAGCAAAAAAAAACAAAAAAACGAAAGGAAAUCGGUAUUUUUCAAUUUGUAAAUAAUGCAUAUGCAUGGAAGUUAAAGAGCAAGCGUGGCACGUGUUUGCAUAAUUUUUAAAUUUAAAAAAAAUAUUUAUUCUUUACAGAUAUUCAAAAAAAUAUGUAUAUUUGCUGUGUAGUUGAAGUAUUUCUCCCAGCUUUUUAUGUAGAGGGUGUGAGGAUGGAUGUUUGGCCCAGGACAAUUGAAUGAUCCCUCCCCCCUUCUCCGUAUUGUCCUCACUGCAGUACUUUAAGAUGCUCAGAGCUCCAGACAUGCCAAACCACAUCUGGCAAGCGAUGGCAUUUCUUUUGUUGGUAAUUACAAACCCUAAUUUAAUACGCGAGUCAGUUGAGUUUGCAGACAUGGAUCCAGAGUUCAGUCACAUGGUCGUAGGGCUCUUUUUUAAAGUCUCAUUAAAAUGUGCUGCAACCGUGGAGGAAACGCAGGAUGAGUCGGCGUAAAAAAGGAACUGGAUCGUUGGAAUGAACCCUCCUCCUGCCUCCUCCAGUCCAGUGUCCCUCUCCCACUUCUUGUCUCUUAUUUCAAACCCCCUAGUUCAUUUUAAAAUGUUAUUUGAUUUCAAAAUGACAUAAAGUUGUUUAAUUAGAGCAAAACUGAGUGACAUUCACUCACACCUUUUUUCUAAGUCCCCCGUCCCCUGCUAGACCUGGAUGCGGUGGUCAUUGUGUGGUCUUGAAUGCACCUUGUAGCAAUUUGUGUGCACGUGUGUGUGUGUGUGUGAGAGAGGGAGAGAGAGAGACAGAGUUUGAGGUGUAAGAACGUGGCAUGUACUGAAAGCACUAAACAGGCGAAGGUUCAAGUCAUUAAGAGUGAAGUUGCGGGCUUUCCGGACGGUAGUGAUGGCAAGGCCACAUUUUUAUACCAUGCCCCACCAUAUUUUAUUUCCAGAGAGGUUUAGCGUGGCUUAAAGCAAGCCGCACUGCUGGGCUCAGUUGGAUGCCAGAGGGUUUUUGAGUCAGACAAUUACAAACUUUCUUAAAAUUGUAUUUUAUUUGUUUUGGUAGCGCACCUUGUAUUGAGACAUUGUUCGACAUGCUCUGACGCUUUUGCAUUUAAAUGCAUACAAAAAGCUGUUUGCACAAGAAUGUUCAGAGCAACUACGACAUGCCGUUUCUUUAAAAGAGUACUUAUUCACCAGUUUUGUUUUUUGUACGGGACUGGGAAAGGGCUCAGUGAAGCCCUCUGUCCCAAAAUGGUGCCCUGCGUGGAAGUGGCCUCAGUGGGCCUGUCUCCUGAAAGUUGGCAAACAAUACUGAAGGCAGUGCUGCUCGAGGGGGGUGGGGGUAGAUGCUGGAAAUGGCUGCUGCUGCUGGCAACAAGGUAAAAAAUAAAAAUAAAAAGAGACUCACCAAAGUGUGAACCAUCUUCUAGAGACUCUACUUUUUUCUGUUUCUGAUGUUCUGGUAGGAUGUGAGAGUUCAGAUCCAUUUGCUUUUUAAUGUGUUAACCAGUCUUACAAACAAAGCAGACGUUUGUUUAAAAAGAAUAUUAAAAAAGGCCUCGACUGUACUAUUUAAAAUAAAUGUCAUGAAAAGAGAAAUCUUGUUACUGGGAGUAUUGUGUGACUCAUUAGGAGUAUAUUAAGUCUAAAAUAAGUGCAUACCAUUUUUUCCAUUAUUAAAUGAAACCUGCAUAUAUUAAUAUUCUUAAAACAAAUGUCAAACAUUGUGUACCUCUAUUUAAAAUGUAUUUGCAAGCGAAAUACUAUUUGAAAACAGUAGGGGAACACUGUUAUUGUUUUCAUGUUCUCAAAUGUUUUGGAGUAAAUGAAUUGGUUCAGUGAAAUUGCCAUCCACUACUUGUUGACCAAACUACAAAAGUAUGGGGGGAGGUGGGGAAAAAAGGAUAAACCUUCUUACCUGUAUUGAUCAUACCCACAAAGUUUGGACUUAUGGAUGCAGUUAACUGCACAGCAUUCAUUGGUGACUUUGGUGUUAUGCUUUGGAUGCAGGUAAUGUGGAGUAUUCCCAGUGAAUUAUCCUUUCUUUAUGAUGGGUGGUCAGUGGAUUUCUCCAGAUGUGUGGUUAUCCUCACACUCUGCACACCGCGAUGUUAGCUGGAGCCACUGCUGUACUGCAUUUAGGGGUCCCUUCUGUCUUCAGAUUUUUUGCUAAUUACGUAAGAACAUUUCAAUUUAACAUUCACGCUAACAAAUGCAGCUACGUACAUUUGUUUGAAAUGACAUCCAAACAAUUUGAAUACUUUUUCUACAUGUUUUUUUUUCCUUUGAGCUAUUACAAUUUGUUUUAUUAUUUACAUAGUGUAAAAAAAACUGUGGAAGAAUUGAGUUGUCUGUUUUAGAGAAAACUAAUAUUAAAGUGCAAAAUGUUGCAAAUGUC